AUGGGAGAGAGGACCCCUGGUAGAGAUCAGUGGGAAAGACCUCCUAUUGGAAGAGAUCCCAGGGAUGAAAGACCAGCACCUGGACAAGAUUUCAGAGAAUGGGAACGAUCACGUGACAUGUAUGAUGACCCGAGGUCACGUGACUCUCGUAUGGUGCCUGAUAGAGGUGGACCACCUCCAGGUUAUGGUAGAAGAAGCCCACCAAGAGAAUGGCAGCAUGGUCAAGUGCAAGCUCCAAGAGAGCAUCCUGGUUUUAAAGAUUCUUGCGAACCAUCAAUGACAGGUGGUCAAAAACUUGAUAUGGAAAGAAGACCUGAAGAGGUCGGACAUAAAGGAAUGGAGGGUCCUGGCAGGUAUGGGCCAUAUGACAAUCAUGGACCUCCUGGGGAUCAACAUGAGUUUUAUCAUGAUGGUGAUCCUAGGCACCAUGGCCAGGAGAUGGAAUUUGAUGGAUCAAGACGAGGGAGCCCAUUUAAUAGAAGAGGACGGGGUUCUAUAAAUCGCGGGGGACCUCCGAGGGGACAUCCUAGGAAUGCUCCAUAUAAUAGGGGUCAAGCACGUCGUGGUGGUGGGUCAGGACACUUCUGA